AGCGGACGUGUUUCUCGUUGAGCCUGUUUACUUGGAACACAGAGGCUCACCCAUGUGAAGGAAACAUGGCUAGUGGAGAUAUGUGGAGUAUGCUGGAGGAGUGUGUAAAAAUAUUAAAUACCAACACAGCACAGCCAGAGAACUUUCUGAGCCUUCAGGAUGGCGUGGCAGCAGACUUUACCUCCCUCACUAAGACCCUAUAUGACCUCCACAAAUCUCAGGAACCUGCACAUUUUAGAGGCAGCCCCUUGGCUCAGCUGGUGGUGCAAAACUUUGACGAGGAGCAAAUUUGGCAAGAGCUUGAGCUGCAGAAUGAUGGCGCACUAAAACACUUCAAUCAUGCCAUCAAGGAGGCCUUGUCUGACAAGACAUUAACUUUGCUGUCCGAAAAAGAGGAAGUGCAUGACAGAGGGGAAGAAGAAACAACAGAUGAUGAAAAUGACUUUGAAGAAAAAGAGGAGGAACCACUCAAACUGUCUAAGAAAAAGCCUGUGGAGGCUGAAGAUGGUUCAGAGGGUUGCUCAGAGGCUGACUCUGAUAUUGAUUUUGAUGUGGAUGCUCUGGAGAAACGAGAGAAACAGAAGAAAGAGAGUAGAAAGACAAGUUCCAAAACAAAGGUGGUUCCCUCUGAAGUUGACGAUAAGUUCUUCAAACUUUCAGAGAUGGAGUCAUUUCUUGAUGAUAUGGAUAAGCAAGAGGAAAAGGAAGACGGAGAUGAAGAUGAUGUAGAUUAUUUUCAGGAUCUGCCCUCUGAUGAGGAUGAUGAUCUGGACUUGGAUCAAAUGUUUUCCAAAAAACAAAAGAAAAAGACAGUAAAGAGCUCCAGAGAUUUCAAGUACAAGGACUUCUUUGAUGCAGUGGAUAGUGAGCCACCUGAAACAGAUCAGCGCUCAGAUGGAGAGGAAGAUGACAUGGAUGAGAGCCAGGAAGAAGAUGAAGAAGAAAUCGAUGAUGAAGAAGAUGAUUUUGAUGGUGAAGAGGAUGGUGAUGAUGAGGACAAGCAGAUACGCCACUCUACAGCAUCUCAUAAGAAAGUGACCUUUAAUCUCUCUGGUGAUGAAGACAGUGAGGGGGAGGACCUUAAGGACAUUUUUGGAGGAAAAACCUCGAGCUCAAAAAAGUCAGAAUCAAAGUCUUCAUUUGAAAAACGGCAAGAAAAGAUGUCCCAGAAGAUCGAGGAGCUGGAGAAAGCUGCUCUUGCAGAGAAGCCGUGGCAGCUGCUGGGAGAGGUGACGGCACAAACCCGUCCGGAGAACAGUAUGCUGGAGGAAGACGUUGAGUUUGAGCAGGCGUCAAGAAUGGCUCCCACCAUCACAGAGGAAACCACGUUACAGCUGGAAGACAUCAUCAAACAGAGAAUUAAAGACCAGGCAUUUGAUGAUGUGGUUCGCAAAGAGAAGCCUAAAGAGGAGGUUUUUGAGUACAAGAAGAGGCUAACUUUGGACCAUGAGAAGAGCAAGAAGAGUCUAGCAGAAAUUUACGAACAAGAAUACAUCAAGCAGAUUCAGCAAAAGACAGAGGAGGAGGAGAACCCAGCUCAUGUAGAAAUUCAAAAACUUAUGGACACACUCUUUUUGAAAUUGGAUGCUCUCUCCAACUUCCACUUCACACCAAAACCACCUGUUCCUGAAGUCAAAGUGGUCUCUAACUUACCAUCCAUUACCAUGGAGGAGGUGGCACCAGUCAGCACUAGUGCUGCUACGCUGCUCGCACCAGAAGAAAUCAAGGAGAAGAACAAAGCAGGAGAUAUACUGGGUGAUGCUGAGAAGACGACAACAGACAAAAAGCGUGAGAGACGCCACAAAAAGAAGGUGAAGCGUUUGAAAAUCAAAGAAAAAGAAAAGAGGCUGAAACUUAAAGAGGCCAGCACCACCGGUGAGAACAAAAAAGCAUCAAAGGCUGAGGUCACAGAAAACCUGAAGAAACUCACAAAAGGAGGCAAAGCCACGAUACUCAAGGAUGAGGGAAAGGACAAAGCUCUACGGUCCUCUCAAGCCUUCUUCUCUCAGCUGCAGGAUCAGGUGAAAAGUCAAAUCAAAAGUGCGAAGGACCAGUCUUCAAAGAAAAAGAAACACAAAGAAAUUUCUGUCAGCAAACUCAAGUUGUAAUGACUGUGAUAAUUAGUUUGUUUGUUAAUGUACAGAUGUUUUUUUUUUUUUUUUGUUCAUUUUGUUUUUUUUAAUCGUAUGCCAUAUAUUAAACCUGAAAGUCUGUGUAAAGAUUUUCAUUAAAAUGAAUCAA